GGCUGCCGCCGGGCGGAGUCUCGCGAGAUCUUGCGACUUACCGCGGCGUCGCCCAACGGUUGCCGGGAAACGGCGCGGCUUCCGCGGGGCUGGCGCUUUGGACCCGGGUCGCGGCUGGGCUUGUCCGCGGCGUCAUGGCACCCAAAAAGAAAGGGAAGAAAGGCAAAGCCAAAGGUACUCCAGUUGUCGAUGGACUCGCCCCAGAGGACAUGAGCAAGGAGCAGCUGUUUAAUUUUAGGUGAAAAUGGGUCCACCCUCUUUCUUCCUUGCCCUUCUCCGGCCACCUGCCCCUCUGCUAUGCACGGGCUCCUGCCCAGUGCUCACCUGACCCACUGCACCUGGCCAGGUGGAGGAGCAUGUGGGCCGUAUCCGGGAGGAGCUGGACCGUGAGCGGGAGGAGCGCAACUACUUCCAGCUGGAGCGGGACAAAAUCCACACCUUCUGGGAGAUCACCCGGAGGCAGCUGGAGGAGAAGAAGGCCGAGCUCAGGAACAAAGAUCGGGAGAUGGAAGAGGCCGAGGAGAGGCACCAGGUGGAGAUCAAGGUGUACAAGCAGAAAGUGAAGCACCUGCUCUAUGAGCACCAGAACAACCUGACAGAGAUGAAGGCUGAAGGCACGGUGAUCAUGAAGCUGGCACAGAAGGAGCACCACAUGCAGGAGGGUGCGCUGCGCAAGGAUAUGCGGGCGCUGAAGGUGGAGCUCAAGGAACAGGAGCUGGCCAAUGAGGUGGUGGUGAAGAACCUGCGGCUGAAACACACUGAGGAGAUCACCAAGUUGCGGAAUGAUUUUGAGAGGCAAGUUCGAGAAAUCGAGGCCAAGUAUGACAAGAAGAUGAAGAUGCUGAGGGACGAGCUUGAUCUGCGGAGAAAGACCGAGCUGCACGAAGUGGAGGAGAGGAAGAACGGCCAGAUCAACACGCUGAUGCAGCGCCACGAGGAGGCCUUCACCGACAUCAAGAACUACUACAACGACAUCACCCUCAACAACCUGGCCCUCAUCAACUCCCUCAAGGAGCAAAUGGAGGACAUGCGGAAGAAGGAAGACCACCUGGAGAAGGAGAUGGCAGAGGUGUCUGUGCAGAACAAGCGCCUGGCGGACCCUCUCCAGAAGGCUCGCGAGGAGAUGGGUGAGAUGCAGAAGCAGCUCGUGAACUACGAGAGGGACAAGCAGAUCCUGCUUUGCACAAAAGCACGUUUAAAAGUCACAGAGAAAGAGCUGAAAGACCUGCAGUGGGAGCACGAAGUGUUAGAGCAGCGGUUCACCAAGGUGCAGCAGGAGCGGGAUGAGCUCUACCGGAAGUUCACUGCUGCCAUCCAGGAGGUGCAGCAGAAGACCGGCUUUAAGAACCUGGUGCUAGAGCGCAAGCUGCAGGCCCUCAGCGCUGCCGUGGAGAAGAAGGAGGUGCAGUUCAACGAGGUGCUGGCGGCCUCCAACCUGGACCCUGCGUCCCUGACGCUGGUGUCCCGCAAGCUUGAGGAUGUUGUGGAAUCGAAGAACAGCACCAUUAAGGACCUGCAGUAUGAGCUGGCCCGGGUCUGUAAGGCCCACAAUGACCUGCUGCGCACGUACGAGGCGAAGCUGUUGGCCUUCGGGAUCCCUCUGGACAAUGUGGGCUUCAAGCCCUUAGAGACAGCUGUGAUCAGGCAGUCAAUAGGCCAGGGCCCUGCGGGACUGGUGGGCACCCCCACGUAGCUGCCCCUUUGGGGGGGCACAGCCCCCAGAGCCAGCCUCGGAACUCUCUCUAGAUGACACCCACUUUCACACCAAGGACAACAAGUGUUUUAGAUUUCAUCAUCAGCAAAUGAAAGCUUUUCACGUGUUCUUCCAUCGUCUUGCCUGGCUCCGUGGACAGAACUGCCUGCAGGACCCUCACCCAUGGCGUCCCCGCCACUUCCUUCACUGGGUGCAUGUCCAGCCUGUGCCUGGGCCUGCUCCCUGGGCACCUCCAACCACAGACAGCAGGACCUUCUCAGAGGGCCCUGCGCUCACCUGGGGCUGGGCACAGUGUGCUGCCUGUCUUCACGCCAUUGUUGUCCCAACGACUGGACGGCUUUGUGGGUGCUGGCAGUGACUUUAUUGACGCCUGAGUCACAGCUGCCCGCUGGGAAUCUGCAGGACUUCCCUAGGAAGUGGGUGACCCUGGUGUGCCCUGAUGAGCACGAGGCCCACUCUGUUGAGGUUGGGGGGUGGGCACAGCCCAAGUGCGGGAAGGGGCAGGUGGCCUGCUGCUGCCGGGCUUGGCUCUAGCUCCCUCGGUAGGUGGUGUAGGACCAGGGGCUCAGCAGCAGGGGCACGUGGAACUUCUGGGCCUCGCUGGGGAUGGUGAAAACAACCUGAGGCGGAGAAGGCCGGGGAGAGGGUAAGGGGGCGGCAGCAAAUUGGUUGUCUAGCCCCACCGUGCCUGGGAGAGCUCAGCAGCCGACUGCGGGUCUGGGAUGGGGUGAACCCUCCCCACCAGAGGGACAUUCCUCACAAGCUACAGCCCUGAGCGCAGCCACAGCCUGACAGGGCAGAUGAUUCUGUGCGGCCGCAGUGCAGGCUGAGGCAGGUCAGGCACAGAGCUGGAGGCGGCUCAGGUGAAAACCUCUAUCAACCGAGGGGAUGAGUCACCCUGGCCCAGUCUCCCCACAAAGCCUGACCCUGGGCAGGUCAGCGAUGGGUGUGUCCUACAGAGUCUUCCUGCCUGGAAACCUUUCUUUUGGGAGCUCAAAGCAAGUGAGCUCACCCACCUACCACCAUCCAGGACCAGUCUGCCCACUGCCUAAAGGAUGCCGGCCAGCAGGACCUGACCUGCCGGUCCCAGUGAGUCACAGACCUCAGCCCUCCAGUGCACCAGGGCGCUCACCUCCACGUAUGGGUAGAAGCUUUCCUGCCCCCUCUUCCUCCAGUAGGCCGCAGUGUCGAAGGUGAGCUUGUAGGUGCCUGCCUUCAUCUGGUCCUGCGUCAGGAGUCCAGGGCAGCGGCCAUCUGGGUCUGUGUAGCUGAGGAGAGGAUGAGGGUACAGAGGGAGAUGAGGAGCUCCCCACCCCAGCUUUCCUGGGUCUGCACCCCACCUGGCAGACGAGCAGACACAGUGGGACUUGGCCUGCAGCUCCAGAGCAGUCAGGACCCCACAGCACUGUCUUUAGGGAAUCAACACAGAGAAGAAAAAGGGAAAAGGCUCCCAUAAUUUACCCCAUGAGCAGUGACCACCGUAGAGCUGGCAUGUAUUUUUCCAGAUUUUCUCUAGGCAUAUUUGUUGACAAACAACUCAUCAAAUGGAUUAUGCUAUUUGUAUUAUUUUA